AUGAAAGGGAUGAAUCUCACCAAAAAGAAACUCAUCCCUAUCCUUGUUUUGAUCCUUUCAGUCAUAUCAAUCCUCAGACUUCUGAGCCUCAAUGUCAAGACUUUGCCUUUUUCGGCUAGGAUAUCUGUUUUGUCCCCAGCUCCUCAACACAAUUGUUCUCAACCUUUGUCCACCUGCAACAAAACUGCAUCACAUGCACCUGAAUCCUCAGAUCAGCCUAUAAAUACUCCCAACAUCACCACCACCCUGACUGAGAAAGAAUUCAAAGUUCUUUCUGAUCUCAUUGCUCUUAAAUCCCCAUGCAACCUCCUCAUAUUUGGCUUUCAACCCCAGUACCUUAUCCUCUCUUCCAUGAAUGCAGCUGGUAGCACCAUCUUUCUCGACGAAGACCCUGAUAAAAUAAGCAAGGUAAGAAAAAUCUCCAACAACACUCAAAUAUACAAACUUGAGUAUAACAUGCCAGCAAAAGCAGGUUACAAACUUCUCAAGAACGCAAGGCUGAACCCAGCGACAUGUGUACCAAAUCCUAGAUUCCUUCAAAAAUCAAAAUGCAAGCUUGCAUUGAAAAACUUGCCAUCGCAAGUGUAUGAGAAGAAAUGGGAUGUCAUGGUGGUAGAUGGUCCCAAUGGGGAUUCACCAGAGUCACCAGGAAGGAUGGGGUCCAUUUACACUGCUAGUGUACUAGCUAGAUCUGGAAAUACUUCAGAUGUAGUAGUACAUGAUGUAGAUCGUAUGAUAGAAAAAUGGUUUUCAUGGGAGUUCUUGUGUGAUGGGAAUUUGUUGUAUUCUAAAGGGAAGUUAUGGCAUUUCAGAAUCAAAGUUCACUCAAAUUCCACAAGAUUCUGCCCUGCUGAGGAAGGUAGUACUAUAGGGAAAUAG